GAGUGGGCGGCGAAUGUGAGUGAAAGAGACAGGGAGAGACGUUUGAAUAGUUGCUGAGGCGGAAAUAUAGAAAUUGAGAAAAAUAGUUCAGUUAAACAGUAUAUUUGACAAGACGGUAAUUCCGCAUCAAAUUAUCCGUGUUAUUUCCAUUGGGAAGUACAGACCAGAAAGAAGCGACCGGCUUUGUAGCGAGGCGAUGUUGUUCGCUAGCUAGCUAGAGGACGCGCGAGGUGAAUUGACUCCCCCUUUCUCUCGCUGCUAACAAGCUAGCCAACAAAACAGUAGUAAUCCAAUCCCGAUCAACGAAAGAUUCUCGCACAGUGUGUGUCCAAUAGAUCCCGAGUCACUUCAUUGAAUGAGGACUGACCCCCCUUUGCAGGUAGGAAACGCUGUCAAAAUAUACAAUUCUUAUUUCCUCUGUGGAAAAAAAUAGCCACAUAGGUAACGUUCGCUAGUUAGCUUGCUGGCUAACCAGCUAGCUAGGUAUGGAAGGCUAACGUUAAUGUUGGAGUUGACACAGUUAUUGACUUGCCUGAUCUGGCAGUUAUCUAUGUAAAUUAUGCCAACAACAGUUAGCCAGCCAAUGAAUGUGGCAAGAUAACAGUUGUGUACUUCACUUUGCAAAUUAACUGGAGUGUUUGUUUGCGGUGGAGGCGCGGAAGGGUUUUCCUUUCUUCAAUUCAUAUCAUACCAGGUUUACACAUUGACUCCCAACAUUGAACUUUAUUGAACUUUGUAGCGGUGUCAUUCAUCCUUUAGCGUUAGUUAGCUAGUUAAUCAAAGUAUUUGGUAGGAUGGAUUGAAAACACACUUAGCUAGCUAACGUAACGUUACAUCUGAAUUGGGAAAUUUGCUUGAUACUGGCUACCUCGAGAGCCACCAUCUAGUGUUCGCUACAAUUAUAUCAAAUUCAUGUCACAUUUGACAUGACAGCAAUCCAUUUGGCAACGGCAAUGACAUCAAAGCGGAGUGAUCCGAAUUUCUUUCCUAUGUGUCACUCGAGGCAGUUGAGAGAGCGAAAGCUGAGAGAGUGAAAGGUGAAAGUCUUCCCCGACUGAUCUACUUGUUCUUCACAUCUCCAAUAGGGGCGCUAUUCAGCCACCUGCCACUACAAAUACCCGUAAUAUGGCACUAUUCUAGUACAGAAUAGAGCUCGCCAGUUUGUAGUCCUAAAAAGCGGAAAUUAUUUACCUCUGGUUCUUUCAGACAUUCCUAUGGGGAAAGAAUAGGGUUUUGGAAUAAACGCCGAUAAUAAGGUCUGAGGUUAACACAGGCUUAUGAGAUCUUAUACGUUUUGUUCUAUAAUGGUAAUAUCAGUCAGUUAACAUUACCUUUAUGAAUUAUGAAGUCUUUAUGUGCGUUAUAUAUAUAUAUAUAUAUAUAUAUAUAUAUAUAUAUAUAUAUAUAUAUAUAUAUAUAUUACAUAAAUGCUUCAAAAUUCACAAAGUGAAGUUAGCUGAUUAAGAUUAUCUCAUAGAACUAAACGUAUAAGAUCUCCUAAGCCUGUGUUUAUUUUGGGCGUUUAUCCAAAAUCCUUAUAAUAAACCUCAAAUAUACUUUUUUCAACGAACCAUUGAGGAGUUAGUGUCUACAAAAAGAGACUCCAUUACUAUUGCUCUCUAUUACCUUUGAUUAUAAGAUUGUUAAUCGUCCCCUCCGUCUUUGUCUGAAUAUUGAGCCCCUCAACAUGUUUGUUUUGAACUUUUGAACACAAAGAUUUGGCAAAUAAUUUUCAGUGAUGUGUAAUCCUACUGUAAGUCAUCCUCCUCUCCUCUGUGCUUGGAGAAACCCUAAACAUGAGCAUCCAGUGUGGUGACUGGUGGUGGUGUGAUAAGAUAACAGGUUUUCAUGUCAGCACCGGAUACUGUAUGUCCUCAAGGAAGGGGAUCUAUUGGAUUAGACCCACCCAGGCAGGACAGAUGCACAGUAAUAUCAGUGCAGAUUAACAAAAGGAGACAUUCUAGUUACUCUAGCCAGAGCUAUAGGCAAUGUUCUUUCUAGCAGUGUGCCAUCAGUAAGUUGUUUUGACCAAUCACAGAUGAUGCAAUGUAUUAAUUAUGGCCUAAAAUGUUAGAGGACCUCCUGUUGGCCACAGUGACAAAAUGUAGCUGUUGUAAAGCUAAUUUUGUGCAAUCUACACAUCAUGUCAUGGGGCUGAGAUAACAUGUUGCAGUUUUAAAGCUAAUUUCCUGCAAUUCUACAAAGUUCACCAUGGUUUAUGCUAUCUGAGUGACUCAAACAUUAUAACAAAAUCAAUGGGGGCCCCAUGCCAUGACGAAAAUACUCCUGAAUGCAUAAUUUUGGGAAUUUGACUGUCUAUCGUAUAUUUUGGUGAUUGUUAGUUCUCAAAGAUGAUCUUAUAAAAAAAUAUAGGUCCAUUAUGUUUUCUACGUACUUUAUAUCUGGUUUUAGUCAUUUUAAGUUUACACUGAAAACGUUUUUCAUCCCAAAAAUGAUAAAAUAUUUAAUUGUACUCUUUGGACAUAGGCGGCCGGAGAAUUUUAUAUGCAGAAAAAACCCAGAAUGUGUAAUGUACAGUGUCUAUUUUGUAUACAGCAGUACUGUGUGUUGGUAAGACAAUUUUCCCUUGGGGACAUUAAAGUUCAUCCUAUCCUAGACAGCAGUCAUGAAGCAGACGCACAACUCUGAUUUGAUUUUUGUUGCCAAUGACUUCGAACUAGGGCCCUCUCCAGCAUCCAUUUCUCCAGGCCUUCUCGAGCAGAGAGACACUGAUGUUAUUAUGGAGGCUACAAUGUCGUGUUUAGUUGGGACUGAGCCUGUGUAAUGGAAGCCAACGAAGACUGAUUUGUGAUUUCUGUUUUACCCCAAGUAAAUGGACAAUGAUGCCUUUGAAUGUGAAUUUGAAACAUGCAACCAGAAAUUAGUUUGGGGGUGUUUCCCCUUAUUUGCAUGACUUUGAACUGGCCUGGCAUGACUGUCUCAGUGCAGCUGUAGAAAGGGGAGUAGAGGUGGGAAUAGAAACUGAAAGAACCGUUGACUCUGAAGAGACUGUGUUUGUGCGCCCUUAUCAACAUGUUCAAUGACCAGCUAUGGGGUCCAAAGCUCAGUUUUGUGUUUUAAUGUCAAUUCUCAGCCCUUAGUGCAGAACCAUAGCUCUUUGUCUUUACUCUGGUACUGUGCAUGGUUAUAAAGCUGUGUGUUUGUUCCAGGUUGACUAUGGUGCUGACAGGGAAACGGUCUGAGAAGGGACCAGUGUGUUGGAGGAGAAGGGUAAAGUCUGAGUACAUGAGGCUACGCCAACUCAAACGCUUCAGACGGGCUGACGAGGUCAAGGUACGCACACGCACACAAACAGACACAUGCACAUGCACACAAACACAGGUUUCUGACAGUGUCCCCCCCCCCCCCCCAGAGUAUGUUUAACUCUAACCGUCAGAGGAUCUUGGAGCGGACAGACAUCCUGAACGCUGAGUGGAAGACCAGGAGGAUCCAGCCCGUUCACAUCAUGACAUCUGUUAGCUCCUUACGAGGGACCAGAGAGGUCAGUGCAUGCUUCAUGCACAACACACCUAUCCAGAGAGAUUGAAAAUCUAUGUUACCAGUUUACUGUUUUUCACCAUUUAGGACUUUUUACACUUCUCUUUCCAGUGAAGGCUUGUCUGAGUCCUCUAGUGUGUGUGUGUGUGGUCUUGUCUCCUACAGUGUACGGUGGACAGUGGUUUCUCUGAGUUCUCCAAACAAGUGAUCCCUCUGAAGACGCUCAACGCUGUAGCCUCUGUCCCUGUCAUGUACUCCUGGUCCCCGCUACAGCAGAACUUCAUGGUAAACACACACACUGCUACAGCAGAACUUCAUGGUAAACACACACACUGCUACAGCAGAACUUCAUGGUAAACACACACACACUGCUACAGCAGAACUUCAUGGUUAACACACACACACUGCGCGAUACCAAGCUUGUUCUGACACGUGCACUAGAACCGCAGUUAUCCAACCCUAUGCCGUAGUCUAGUCCCAACUUGAUGAUAGUGAUGUUAUAGACUAUAAUGGAGUUGUCCUGACACACCUGGUCUGCCUUGUAGGUAGAAGAUGAGACGGUUCUCCACAACAUCCCCUACAUGGGAGAUGAGAUUCUGGACCAAGACGGAACCUUCAUAGAAGAACUCAUCAAGAACUACGACGGCAAAGUUCACGGAGACAGGGGUAAGACAUGCACGUGUGCACACAAAUAUUUGAUAUGAUCAAAUCUUGUGUUGUUGGAUGUGUGGUGUGUAUUCAUGUUAAAUGACUGUGUGUGUGUGUUUCCAGAGUGCGGCUUCAUCAACGAUGAGAUCUUUGUGGAGCUGGUGGGUGCCCUGACCCAGUACAGUGACAACGAUGAUGAUGAUGAUGAUGAUGAAGAGCAGGAGUUUAAGCUGGAGAAGAUGGAGCUGUGUGAGGGGAAGGACCACCUGGCCGAGGACCCCCGAAAGGAACCCCUGAUCAACACUGACAGUAAGAUGGCCACUGCUAUCAUCCAACCAAGAAUAGAUAUGGGCCCUUAUCCCAAAACCAUUCCCUCACACUUUAUCUCACAGAUCUCUCCCCUAGGUCCUUGUCCUUUCAGAUUUGUAUCUCUCCUUACGCUCUCCUGUGUCCUGUGUGGGCUGACGCAGUGACUGAUGGAAGAAAUUGUGUGUGUGUAACCCCUUUGUGUCCUCUGCUUGCAGGCCAAGGCAGCAGUGACAGCUCUAAGAAGUUUCCGUCUGAUAAGAUCUUUGAAGCCAUCUCCUCAAUGUUCCCUGAUAAGGGCUCAACAGAGGAACUUCGAGAAAAGUAACUACCCAUCUGUGUGUGUGUGUUUCAUAUAAAGUGUAUGUGUAUCUAUUAGGGCUGUGACGAUGAUGGAGUAACGAUUAAUUGUCAUACAAAUGGCCACGGUUGUUGUAAUGAGUGUCAUAUUUUGUGAAAAAUGUUUGGAGCUUGUAAUGUACAUAAUGCAUCUUUGAAAAUUAGGUUUGUCAUACCUAAUGAAUACAACACAGCUUUGAUGGCACCCCUGUCUCUCAAACUAAUGCUUGGAGCUUUUGGAAAUGAACCUUCUCCCAACUGUGCCGUUCUGCUCGUAAAACGAUUACCAACUUUACCCUCUUGAUGUAAAAAAAGAAACUGCUAUUGGGUAAACUAUAUCUACUUGAAAAUAUAGAUUAAUCCCCCCCCCCCCAUUCCUAAAAUGAAUCUAUGAAGAUGAUUAUGACAAUCAUUUUUUUAAAGCUCAGUUAUUGUCCAUAAUUGUUGGUUACACGAUAAUACGAUUAUUGUGCCAGCCCGUGUGUCUGUCAGUAGUGCAUAUUCCUGUCCUGUCUCAGAUCUAAUGGUGUGGAUGUUAUCAGGUACAAGGAGCUGACAGAGCCCCAGUUGCCCGGUGCAUUGCCUCCAGAGUGUACUCCUAACAUGGACGGUCCUAACGCUCGCUCCGUUCAGAGAGAACAGAGUCUACACUCCUUCCACACACUCUUCUGCCGACGCUGCUUCAAAUACGACUGCUUCCUGCACCGUGAGUGUACGGACACAGACACACACACACACUCUCUCACCACAUUUGGACUGUUCUGCACCAACACUCUGACUUCACUACGACCACUCAUCUCUCUCCUCUUUGUAUCUCUCUCUCCAGCCUUCCAUGCAACUCCUAACACCUAUAAGCGUAAGAACAUGGAGAAUCUGGUGGACAGUAAACCAUGUGGUGACGAGUGUUACAUGUACCUGGUGCAGGCAAGUACACACACACACACACACACACACACACACACACACACACACACACACACACCUUCAGUUCUGACUGUUGUUGUGUGGUGGUUGUCUAGGAUGGUUUGGUAAGGGAGUACCCUGACGGCAUGGCAACUGAGAGGUCCAAGACCCCUUCCAAACGCCCCGUGAGCCGUCGCCGGGGACGACCCAGCGGCAACAGCCGGCCCAGCACACCAACGGUCUCCACGGAUACCAAAGACACGGACAGUGAGCAGGAGGGGAAAGACGACGACAACGACAAAGAUGAUGAUGAUGAUGAUAAGAAGGAGGAGACCACCAGUAGUUCAGGUACAUACACACGUGCACACGCCAGCCAAACUCCAUACCCAGUCCUAUACACACACCCACACACUAACCAUUGCCUUUUGUGUAUUCCAGAGGGUAACUCACGGUGCCAGACUCCAGUGAAGUUGAAGCUGACGUGUGAUCCUCAGGUUGUCGAUUGGAGCGGAGCCGAGGCUUCACUCUUUAGGGUUCUCAUCGGAACCUACUAUGACAACUACUGCGCUAUAGCACGGCUCAUAGGAACCAAGACCUGCAGACAGGUGUGUUUGUAUAGCACGGCUCAUAGGAACCAAGACCUGCAGACAGGUGUGUUUGUAUAGCACGGCUCAUAGGAACCAAGACCUGCAGACAGGUGUGUUUGUAUAGCACGGCUCAUAGGAACCAAGACCUGCAGACAGGUGUGUUUGUAUUACGACAGCACCCAUGCGGAAGAAGAUAUAGAAGACUAUCUCUUUCUCUCCGAUUCCUUCCUUUUUACUUGGCAGGUUUUAUGGAAAGACAAUUUGUAUAUUGUCUGGUAAUGUGUGAUUGUGUCUCUAGGUAUAUGAGUUCAGAGUGAAGGAGUCUAGUAUCAUCGCUCGCGCUCCGGCCGAGGACGAAGACACGCCCCCUCGCAAGAAGAAGAGGAAACACAGGUACACCAUGCCCAAAUAUGGACAGACUACUUCAGGGUACAGUAAUGGGCUGACUGCAGGACAUAGUCAGAAGCUCUGGUUGUCAACAUCCAUGGAAAAGACUACUGACCGAUCUACUGUUUCAGGUUGUGGGCCACUCACUGCAGGAAGAUCCAACUGAAGAAAGGUGACAAUUUUCUUUAGAUCUCUCCUAACAUGGCAGCCUCACUCAAUCUUUGAAUGUGAUUGAAUGUGUUCUUAUGAUCAAUGUGAUGAAUUUAUCAGUUUUUAUCUUUGUGUGACGGCACUGUCCUGUGCUUAACCCCUCCUGUAGAUGGCUCGUCCAACCACGUGUAUAAUUACCAGCCAUGUGACCACCCCCGCCAGCCCUGUGACUCCUCCUGUCCCUGCGUCACUGCUCAGAACUUCUGUGAGAAAUUCUGCCAGUGCAGCUCUGAGUGUGAGGACAUUUUUAAAUACUUUAUUUGGAUCCACAAUUACAUUACAGUGCAAACCAGUCCACACACUCUAACCUUGUGUGUGUGUGUGUGUGUGUAGGUCAGAACCGUUUCCCAGGCUGCAGGUGUAAGGCCCAGUGUAACACUAAACAGUGUCCAUGUUACCUUGCGGUCAGAGAGUGUGACCCCGACCUCUGUCUGACUUGUGGAGCCGCUGAACACUGGGACAGCAAGAACGUCUCCUGUAAAAACUGCUCCAUACAGAGGGGAGCCAAGAAGGUAACACACACACACACGGACACACACACUUUAUAUCAGUAGCUCUCUCUUGUGAUUCACCCCCCCUCCCCUCCCCCUCAGCACCUGCUCCUAGCUCCGUCUGACGUAGCAGGCUGGGGCAUCUUCAUCAAAGAGCCAGUUCAGAAGAACGAGUUCAUCUCUGAGUACUGUGGAGAGGUGAGGCUCGGCCCUGUGUUUGUCUCUGUCUGGGUGAUGGUUUUUAUUUACUUGUGUGUAAUAUACAAGCCUGUGGAAAAUAAUUGUUCUGUGUUUGUGUGUUUCUCUCCCUUCUUUGUAGAUAAUCUCCCAAGAUGAGGCGGAUCGCAGAGGGAAGGUCUAUGACAAAUACAUGUGUAGCUUCCUCUUCAACCUCAACAACGGUAACACACACGCAUACAAAAGUAUUGAAAUAAUGUUUUUGAAAAGCUGGGAGGGAAAGCUAAUUCUUUCUCUCUCUCUCUCUCUCUCUCACCCAGACUUUGUAGUGGAUGCUACUAGGAAAGGAAACAAGAUUCGUUUCGCCAACCAUUCCGUCCACCCCAACUGCUAUGCAAAAGGUCAGACAAUGCCUUAAACACUUUCACUAGUUGAUUUUGGGUGAAUGUUUCCCCAGAGGAUUAGACUAGAAACUGUGCUACAGCAGUGUUUAAACCACCAGAUGUAUAGUAUCUCAGCUGAUCCAUCCAGUCUGGUGUGUAUAACCUAAAACACCGGCAGAUGGGACCAACAGACAUAACACUCUGAUGUAGAGAUUCACUGAUGAGACCUCUGUGUUGUGCUAACAGUCUCUCUCCUCCUCUCUCUGCAGUGAUGAUGGUGAAUGGGGACCACAGGAUAGGGAUCUUUGCUAAGAGAACCAUACAGACUGGAGAAGAGCUCUUCUUUGACUACCGGUCAGUAUAAGUGUUACUAACCAGCCAGUCUGCAGCCUUACCAGCCAUCUCAAUCUGAAUACCCUGUGAGGAGGGUGUCUCACUGACAGACACUUAUACGUACACAUACUCACACACUUUGUGGUUGAUUUGACAUCUGUACCUAACUCGUCUUGUUUAUCUCUCUCAGGUACAGUCAAGCUGAUGCUCUGAAGUACGUCGGCAUCGAGCGGGAAUCAGAGAUGCCAUGAUCCCCUCUUCUACCUCCUCUGGAUCAAAGGCCUUACACACACACAUACACACACACACACACACUCUUCUCUUCAGGAAACACAAAUUACUAAUUGUCUGGAUGCUUCAAGAAUUCUGGGAAGUUGACUCUUUUUCUCACUUUGAAUAGUUUUUCUACCAACAAAUCUUCCUGUUCUCUGGGAUAUGUGGGACUCAUUGCUACGGUCACUAGAACUGUCUUUCCUCCAUUUACAGCUAACAAACACACAUAAACAGGUCUUAAUAAAUCCACUGAGGGGAUCUCUUUAGCGCUGUGAUACUUUUUAUACUUGAUCCAAAUCCAUGGACACAUUGACUCAACCAUAACAACUGGUUGUUGAGAACAUUUUACUUAGCCC